GUAGCUUGACGCCAGUGUUAGCGGUGUUGGGAUUCAGUGUGGCAGCAGGGGAAAUCUGGGAAAUCUGGGAUAUCUGGGAAAGGGGAGUCGGUGAAAACCCGGGGACUAAACCGGCAGAAAUCCCGACGAAGCCUCGACCGUUACACCACGGGGUUUCCCAGCGGACGCCUCUCCGUCUCCCUGCUGCUGGCUGCGGCUUUUUUUUUCCUCCCAGAAAUCUGCCCGGAUCCGCACAGGUGAUUGAAUUCAUCCACUCUGUGCUGUGUUGGAGCUGGACUGAGCAGUGUUAGCAGACCAAAGAUGGAUCAGUUGUCAGACGAAGAGGUGGAGGUCAGGGAUGAGGAGGAGGAAGAAGAGGACAGUGAUAAGGACGACCAGGACCUGGAUAAGAUGUUUGGAGCCUGGUUGGGAGAGCUGGACAAACUCACACAGAGUCUGGAUGAUGGUCGCCCAGAACAACCUCCUCAGCAGAAAGCUCCCCUCAGACAAGACGCCAACAUGGCCAACUUCUCCUACAGAUUCUCCAUCUACAACAUCAACGAGGCGCUGAAUCAGGGGGAGAACGUGGAUCUCGAUGCUCUCAUGGCUGAUCUCUGCUCGAUCGAACAGGAACUUAGCACCAUCAACACCAAACCCAACAGCGCUGGCAGCCUGGCUCGCCUGGGCUUGACUGACACCAAGGCAUCUCUUAGUAUGGAUGAAGCUGCUCGUCAGACCUCCUCCCACUCUCUUAGCUCCGCUUCCUCCUAUACAUCCGCCACAAUGCGACGGCCUGCGUCCUCUCAGCGCCAGCAUCGACGCACUGGAUCAGUUGGCACAGUCAGCGACCAUGAGGUGCGUUCGAUUGUUCACUCCUCGCGCUCCUCCGUCACCUCGGCAUCCGGGGUUUCCGUUAACUCUGCUUCUUCCAUGGACUCGCUGGACAGUGUUCUUCGCUCCAGUGAGUCAGACAGUCAGCAGUCUUCAGUUACGCCCUCAGCCGGAGCCAGUCAAGGUCAUCACAACACAGAGCACUCCUAUCUGGACAGGGAAACCUCUCUGAUUCUGAGAAACAUAGCGGGAAAACCUUCCCACCUGCUGACCAAGGUGAUGCCCCAUUCACUACUGCACGCCCCUCCUCUCUCCUCUUGCAUGGCAACACCCUGCCCCCUUCCUAUAUCUUUGGUGAUUCGCGUUCACUUGUCAGACGAGAGCUCAAAGACCAUGAUGGUGGACGAGAGACAGACAGUCAGACAGGUUUUGGACAGUUUGCUGGAGAAAUCUCACUGUGGUUACAGUCCAGACUGGUCACUGGUGGAAACCAUCAGCGAACUGCAGAUGGAGCGGAUUUUCGAGGAUCAUGAGAACCUGGUUGAGAACCUGUUGAACUGGACCAGAGAUAGCCAGAACCGCCUGAUGUUCACCGAACGCAUCGAGAAGUAUGCCCUGUUCAAAAAUCCACAGAACUAUUUGUUGGGGCGAAAGGAGACAUGUGAGAUGGCUGAAAGAAACAAAGAGGCACUGUUGGAGGAGUGUUUUGGCGGCAGCUCAGUGUCCGUCCCUGAGAUGGAGGGAGUGCUGUGGCUGAAAGAGGAUGGGAAGAAGUCGUGGAAGAAACGCUACUUCCUGCUGAGAGCUUCUGGCAUCUACUACGUCCCCAAGGGAAAGGCCAAGGCGUCCAGAGACCUGGUGUGUUUUCUCCAGUUGGAUCACGUUAACGUGUACCACGGCCAGGACUACAAGAGCAAGUUCAAGGCUCCUACAGACUACUGCAUGGUGCUGAAGCACCCUCAGAUCCAGAAGAAGUCUCAGUACAUCAAGUACCUCUGCUGUGAUGAUGUCAGAACCCUCCAGCAGUGGAUCAACAGUAUUCGCAUCGCUAAGUACGGGAAGCAGCUGUACAUCAAUUUCCAGGAGGCAAUGAGACGGACGGAGGCGGCCUAUGAUUGGUCCUCCCUCUCUUCCUCCUCCAUCAAGUCAGGAUCGAGCUCCUCCAGCCUUCCAGAGUCCCAGUCCAACCACUCCAGCCAAUCGGACAGCGGCGUAUCAGAGAUGACAUCAUCAGGCCACACCCGCUCCCAGAGCGUCGUCAGCUCCAUCUUCUCCGACGCCUGGAGGAGAGGAACGCAAGGAGAGAUGAUGAAGAUCGACCCUAUCAGUAGGCCCAUCCCUCUCCAGAUACCUUCCCUCUCUCCCCAGCCUCUCCCCCUCUCUCAGCCUCAGACCCCACCCUCCCGGUCCAGCUACACCGACGGCCUCAUCACAUCUGAGGACUCCUCCCCGUCACCGCCCUCGCCUCCUCCACCUCCGCCUCCGCCCCCCAUCGCAAGUGUGGCCCACCAGCCAGCACCUACCUCCUCAUACAUUAAGUACAGCACGCUCGCUCGACUGCAGAGCCAGAACCAGAACCAGUCCAGGACACAGCCGGCAGGAGCCACUCCACCUUCUCUUCCCAUCCAGUUUGCCAAACCAAACUACAACACCCUCCCAGCUGCUUACAGCACCUCCCCUCCACUACCACCCUCUCCUCCCCCUCCUCCUCCACCCGCAGUGCCGGCUCCUGGCUCAGCUAUGGCCGCACUGAUGUUUGGUCCAUCAAGCCCUUCCGCUCUCCCGCCACCACCCCCACUGGAGGAGGACAUGCAGGAGCCCUACAACCUCCCACCUCCUCCACCAGAGAGCCUGGAGACCAAUGGGUUGCCUCUGCCCCCACCACCAGAGCACGUCCUUAACUCCUGCCCUCAACUCUCCAACAGUGGCCUCCAGCAGUUCCUGGCACAGAAGUUUCCCAACAUGGUCUACGACUUCAGCCCACCUGUGGGUGAGGAGAAUUCUCAGCCUCCUCCACUUCCAACCGAGCUUUCUCCUCCUACCUCCCUGCAAGUUCUUCGGCCUCUGUCCCCCAAUGCGCCCCCUCCCGCACCUCCCAAAACCUUCACUGGUGGUUUUCCCCCUCAAACUGCUCCCAAACCCUCGGGUCCCUCUUCCCUCCCAAUUGCCCUCUCACCUGUGUCGCCAACGCAGCCCCACAGUGGCCACGGGCCAGUUAAAAAGCAGCAGAGUUUCUCAACAGGACAUUCCCCAAAUCAGCCACCUCCCACUCUGCCAAAGCAGCACAGCCUCUCCUCCAAAAACCUUGCCCUCUCUCCCUCGUCCUCCUCUUCUUCGGUAUCCAUUGCGGCAGCUACCUCCUCUCUGGUCAAACAGAUUGUCAAUCAAUUCCCAGGAAACUCUGCCCCUUCCUCUCUGCCUGCCUCCAACUCCAUGGAAGGAUCAAAGUUCACUGCUCCUCAGUCUCCUCCAGCAGUCAAGGCCAAACCAAAGUGGCAGCCAGGAGGCGUUGUGGCUCCACAGUCCCCAGAGUUCCCCCCACCUCCUCCUGACAGCUCACUGGGAGAUUUCCCUCCACCUCCCUCUUCAUCCUCCUCCAAGACAGGCUCCCCCAUAAAGAAGUCGCCUUCCACCUCGUCCACGGGAUCCACCAAGCGGGGGCCUCCACCGACCCCGCAGAGAGCUUCCUCCAUCCGGUCCAGCUCAUCGAGCGAGACCCACGAUGAGAGGCCAAAGAAGGUGGAGAGCCUGGUCAAUAAAUUUGGCCAAGCUCCUCAAACGGGUACUUCAUCCAGCUCCUCGUCAGUGACUGGGUCUCCUUCAAAAGAGUCCUCUGCGCUUCCUGCUCCGCUCCCUAAACCGGGGAAGCUGAACUUGGCGAACCUGCCGUUGGCGCUGCAGGGGUUGCAGACGGGCCAGCACCAUCAGCCCACUGAGUUCCCAUCCCCUCUUCCGCCACCUCCCCCCUCGCAGCCUGCUCACCUGGACUCAUCACCUGACUACUUCCCACCUCCCCCCAGUGACUUUGAGCUUUUCCCUCCUCCUCCCCACCCAUCAGAGUUCCACCACCCCCCAAAGGUCGCCGUGGUGAACCCUCAGCCUCAGAUGCAGCCACCUCAACAGUCGGCAACCUCCUCCUUGUCGUCCUCGUCAUGGAAACAAGGUUCACUGAAAAAGGGGGCAGUCCCUCCCCCAGCACUGAACCGGCGGACCAGCAACACCGCCCAGUAUGACAAUACAAUUUCAAUGCCCCUCUCGCCGCCCCCUAUGUCUCAGACCCCACCUCCCUCUCUGUCCUCUUAUUCUUCCUCCUCCUCUCCUGUUCCCCCAACCUCCCCGAAAUCAGCGGGGCCAGGCUCCCUGGCACUAAAGCCUCUCUUCCUGGAAGACCUUAAUCGCACCCUUAAGAGGAAGUCAGUGUCCCGCCAUGGCUCACUCACCUCUUCCCACCUCAUCCCCUCCUCUAAGAUGGAGCCUGUGGGCACCAUGGACGACAUGGCACUCCUCCCACCUCCUCCCCCCGAGCUCCUGCAGCAGCAACAGCAGCAGGGAGUCCGAGGACACUCCCAGACUUUGUCUCGUCACCACACACACUCCCACUCCACCAAACAUGCCAACAUCUCAGGCUAUGCAACGCUGCGGCGAGGCCCUCCUCCCGCUCCUCCAAAACGGGACCAAAGCACCAAACUGACCAGUGAUUGGUAGGGAGCAGGGACACUGGGUGGAGCCUAAAAAACUGAACUGACUAUUUAGGUCUCAUUGUUCCUGCAGAGAAGUAAUCAGUGUCUGUCUUGACUUGUCCGUCUCUCCUCAUCCUAAACCAUCCACCCUUGGAUUCCGAGCAAGUAGCAAGCCGUCUUUCCUACUCUUAAUCAGAUUAUGAUUGUUCCUAUUAUCCUCAUUAUUAUUAUCAUCCUCAUUAUUACUACCAUUACCAAUACAUGUUUAAUCCAAUGACAUGAGUAAAAAUAUAUAUAUGUAUAUAUAUAUAUCUGUAUACAAGCAAGCCAGAAAAAUCACCUAUCAAGCUUUUUUCACAAUGUCUGUGCAGCUUUGCAUUGAAAUAUACAAAAGACAAGACUUGAACGACAACAGCAACAGAGACUAUUUGCUGCAAAAUAACUGGUACUGCAUGGAGCCGCGGCAAUGGAAGUAGCGUUACUGAUGAAGGGAAGGAGGUAUUCAUGGAAGGAACGAGAGACGCAAAAGUUGGAUGAUGUGUAUAGAAAUGUAUGUUGUGAACUGGGGGGGUGGGAGCAUUGCCAUUUAUUUCAAACCUUUAUGUGUGUGUGUUUUUAUAUAAGAUUAUUUAAUACUGGAAAGAUAUUGUUAUUAUAAUUAUUUUAAGUUUUUAAGAAGUGUCAAAAGAGAAAGCGUUUGGCUGGACAUGGGUCUGUAUUGUCAAAAUAUGUCAAAGUGUUGAUCUGAGCUGGUUUUACGAAGACUGUGUUUGGAUCAUUUCAUCAAAUCAUAUUUCUUUAAAUUUAGAACUUUAAGGCUGAUUGGCUGUUGACUCCCAAGGCAUAUGACUUAAUACUUAAUUGUACUAGAAGGAGUUUGUAGCUGGUUCUGAUACAGUCUUAGUUUAAUACUGAUCCUCUAUAUGACCUACAUAAACAAACAAGACCAUCAGCGACUGUCUAUUUCUAUAGUGUUAUUCGUAACACCUUCCACCAGGUCGGAUUCCCUUUGAAAUCAAUGAAAGCAGGCGGUAGGCACACUACCGCUUUCAUCCACAGGGGCCGCCAGAAUCAACACAAAAAGAGAGUUCCUUGUAGGGGCUUUAAAUGCACACUGAUUUAACAAAAUACAUAAAUCAGCUAGAGCUAGGCUGUGCUCAGAUUACAGGUGAUUCGACAUCAGACUGCAUCAAUUACACAAUAUUACUACAAUUAUUGCACCAGAACGAACUAUACACCAGGUUCUCCUCUCAUCUUUCCUUACCUCUGUAAAGCUCAAUGUCUUGAAGGACCAGCCCUUUCUCCACCUCAGCAGUCCAAUAACCUGUGCAGAUUUAAAGUGUUAUUAUCAUUGCUUUAUCAGGACUGUCGACCAGAACCUUCUUUAAACUAAGCUCAGCCUACAGUUGCCCUUCCAGCAACAACAAACCAAUUUGGAAGCAUAUUGUGUUAAACAGACUCUGUUCUUUUCAUUAAUCAGUCAGUCAGGUAAUUCUAUCCUAGCAGAGGAAACAGUUAGUCAACUGUAAUGAACUCUGAAAGAAGGUAACCAUCACUUGAUCAAUCAGUCACUUGUUUGUCAUCUUUGCUAGUUAGUUAUGAAAGGUGUGUGUCCACUUGCAUCUUAAGUGAUCAGAGAAGCCCGAAGGGGAACAAGUGCCUGAAAAACAAAAAGCUCAUACUGCUCACAUGUAACAUCAUUCCCCGCUGUGACACCGACCAUCUAACCUCUGACAUUCUGAAGCCAGGAGUUGAGGUUUACAAUUCACACACUGCCAGCUUUGUCACAUAUCGCAGCCAGAAUCCACAUUUGGGCAAAAAGAAGGAAGCCUGGGGGGGAGCUGAUGUGGGACAACAAGCAACAACUAUCACGGGAGAGAGCAUGAGCGUAGGCGGCGCUAGGGCAUAAAUGAUGAUUUAAUUGCUCCAUAUGACAAACAAAAACAUCAUGAACCUUACUCAACUAAAGUUAAAAUCUAAUUUCGUAUUCUUAUUCUUCACACAAAGUUACAUUCAUUUAUCCAGAGCUCAUGUGAAUGAAGGUGAUUGCAUGUCUAUAAGCUGAGGCAGAGAUCUCAACCCUGUAAUUAUAUUUUACCAACACAGACAUAAUUUAAAUUCAUAGUGAGUUGAAAAUAAGCUAAUUAUAGCUUUUCCCACCACCACGACAAGUAACCGACAGCAGGUUACACCAUACACAGUAUGUGUGUAAGCUUGAUACAGUAGGCGCUGACCAGACCACGGGUAGGCCAAGGCAACUUCACCCACAGACCACCAAAACAAUAUUACACUGCAAAAAAUAACAGGAAAGGUGUGCGCACAUGACGUAGUGAUAUGUGUGACAGAGAAGCUUCCCCACUGAUCUGUGAACAGUGACAGCUUAAUCAGCCUGCGCUGAAUAUCAGUGUGCGGGUGCUGAAUGUCUGCUACUGAACUCAGAUCAGUAUGUGACACUGACAGCACUACAGCUACAUGAGGUAGCUGGUGAAGUCACUUUUUUUUUUUUGUAAUUUCGGGGAAGCUAGCUAGCCUCUUAAUAGUGCCGCCUAUGAGUGGGAGGAUUAGACAACAGUCAGGCAAGAACCUUAAUUCUCAUUAAUGAAACAGUCUGAAAAUAAUCAUGACAGGUCGGUAAUUACAGGAGUCUCUUGUCGAGUCCUUUAAGGCUGCAACCGUUCUGAGCUCCACAUCCCGUUCUUUAUUUUUCACUCGCAGUCAUUUCUGUGUUUUGCCUGUUUCCGCUGUGGUAAACAAUAAGAUUGUUGUCACUUUAAUCUCCAGCCUCCUCCGCUGAGAUUUUUGCCAAAUUUCAACCAGAUUUUUAACUAAUAUUUAGUGUUGAAGUUUUAUAAUUAUUGAAGUAAAUCAGGAAGCAAAAAUGGCAUUCAGUUGUUACAGCAUCUCAAAUAUGAAUAUUUACUGGUAUUAGUCGUCUAUGACGAAAACCUUUGGGGUUUGGACAACAUGAUCAUUUUAAAUACGUCAGUGUGAGCUCUGAGAAGUUGUGAUGCAGAUUUGUCACUACUUUCUGAGCCUGCUGACAUUAAAACUUAAGUGCUUGGAGACUCCCACACAUAAAAUGAAGAGCGCUCUUAUAAAAUAAAAAACAAGCUGGUGUGGGUAGGUCAUUGCAAGCACUUUAAAAGUAGUGGCACUUAGAAAGAUUCCUAAUGGAUACACCCUGAGUCACUUUAAGGAAUUAGCUAUCUAGUUAGAGUACAUCAUUUCAGACAGGUAUGAUUCUGGUUUUUAGCAACAUGUUUGGACAAAUGUUGUCUGGUAGUCACAGUAGUAUCUAGCCAGCUGGAUAAACCCAGUCGGUUCAGUAGUUAGCCAAUGUGCUGCUCCAUCCAAGCGUCCUUCCGCACUCAUACAGUCACAGAAACACUGUGUCAUUUGUCAGUGUCCAGAUCAGCUAAUAAAGGCUUCCUAAACACAUUUCUGGUCAUAGUUUUUAUAUUUCAUGUGCAGCUGAACCUAGGUCUGUUUCUACCUUCCUGUUUUUAUCAUCCUUGCAGUCACUAGAUUAAAUUAUGUGCAUGACAUGUCAACACCGGUGCAACAAGAUGCCAAAAAGUUUGAUAUUAUUGCCCCAGUUUUGAUUUUUAAUGUGCAAUUGUUUCGGUUUUUGAAGUACUCUGAUUUCACUGUAAUGUAUAAUUAUUGUUACAAAUGAUUUCAACUGGUUUUUACAUCAAAUCUGUCUGUUGUGAUAUUGUGGAAGGGGAGCAUUAACCCGAGAGAAGUACUUCCUAUGCCCACUGCCCUGCAGGAGAAGAAUCACUAGGCGUACAUCAUGGUGUAUUUCAGUGACACUGAACAACAUACAGUUUCAAACUGAUCAAUGUCUUGAAAUGUCUUGCUCAAGGACACCCAGCAGAGCACAUGGCUGUUGUUGGUGUCAAACCUGCUGUUGCAUUUAAAAUAAAAGAGUCGAACCGAAGUACAGAUUGGAGAGUUUUU